CUGAGUUCGGAGACUUCGGAAUAAUCAAGCCAUCGAAGGGAGUCCAGUCUGGUCAUGUUAUUAACGCGGUCAUUUCAUACGUCAUCGUUAAUAAAUCACAGUGCCGAGAAGUCGCGCGUUUCGCGUAACGCAGUUUUCUCCACGACGACGGUCGACGUAGCCGUCCUUCCGGGAUACGAGGGAUUGCGUGUAGAGCCAGGGAGAAGCGGUUAGCUUAGCUACGUCAUGUGCGUCUUUCGGGUCUCUCUAGUGUCACAGAAUUGAGGACUCCCUCUUCCCUCGGUUGUCCCCUCUCUCCUCCCCUCUCCAACCCCACUCUCUCCUCUCCCCCCUACUCGUGUCGAAGUGCUUCGACGGAGGAGCGAGAGAAAGACAGAGAAAAGAGAAAAAGAGAAGCGGAACGACAAGAAGAGCAGGAAGAAGCCACGCUAUAAUGCAUCCCGGAACGGCGGCCCGUCGCCGAUGCGUCGUUGAACGCUGUCGGACGUUUCUCCGGUUGCGCGAGGCUACGUCGUCAGUCUCUCAACGCAACAUCGUCGGACGCGGAUGAGAAGAGGCGCCCCGCGUCUUCGUGGGCCAGCGGAGGCGCUGCGAACAACUGCGAUUAGCGCGUGAUAUACUCUGCGCGAGCACAAGGUGCAAUGGCUGACGACCGAAAUAACCACCGGGGCUUCGUUAGGCAGCCGCAUGGGGUAGGGCACUCGUCUCCACCACCACCAGCGCCGAAUUCGGGCCCUGGUUCAGGAGAUCCAACAUCUCCUAGAUCCAUUCAGAAGGAGAACUCGCCACUUCGUGGUCCUCGAACCCUCCUGCUUCGACGUAGCGAGAAUGGAUAUGGAUUUACGCUGCGACAUUUCAUCGUCUAUCCGCCCGAGUCCUGUUAUAUGCUGCCGGGACACGAGCGGACCAAGGUUGACGAGCCUAUGGACACAAUCUUCGUGAAACAGGUGCGAGCAAAUUCACCAGCGGCCGAGGCCGGAUUGCGCACUGGUGACCGCGUCGUCUCCGUCGACGGAACGCCUACUCGAGGCGAGCAGUACGCCAGCGUGGUACAACGCAUUCAACAAGCGGGACCGUGGCUGCGCCUCCUCGUGGUCUCCAAAGAGGACGAUAUUUUGCAACGAUACUUUGGCGAUACGGCGCAUAAUCCCGAGACGAAUCAACGACCGCGGUUACGUUCUCCGGAAAGACUGUCGCAGAAACAACGUAGAUCAAUGAGCAAUAUGAUCCCGGGCGGAUCGCCGAGAACACGACAGUCUUGGGUUUGUACUCUACCAUCGUCCGAGAGUCCAAAUCAUCUCGAGGAAGCAAUGUGCAGGAUACCGUCAUCAACGAUAUCUCAAGUUCCGAUUGAAUCUCAGAUCGCGAGCGCAUUGCAGCAGCGAAGAGGUAUAUCAGAAGCAAGCGCGUUAUACGAUCUUUCGGAGGAUUCUCGAGUUUCUGGAAGGAAGCUGCAAUUGCUGCACGAGGAUAACAUGCAACCGAGCGGCCGAUUGUCCUUGGAUUCCAAGUAUGAUCUGUACGACAGAACGCGACCCGAGUCAGUAUACUCGCGGCCAAGCAACGAACAACUCUAUGACAGAAUCAACGAUCCGAUUUACGAGCGUGUGCGUGUCAGCGAGCAGCAUUAUUACCAGCCGUCUUUGCUACGUUAUCCGGUAUCGCAGGCAGAGCCGCAGGUACCGAUCUACCGGCCGAUUAAGCGAAUGGUAACGCGACGGGCCAGCGAAGGCAGCGGUAACACUCUCGAUUCCGAGACGGCGAGUUAUGGCAGCAUCGACGCGUUGAGAUCAAGCGAAUCCAGUAGAUUGAGCAUCGAAUCGAGACGAGACUCAUCGCCGGCCGCUAGCAAGGAAAGUAUGUCUCCCUACGAUUCCAAUUCGACUCUGACUGGCAACGAGUGUUCCGAUGAUUCCGUCAUCAUGAACAGACUUCGUAAGAGCUUCGAGCAGAAGGCAGAAUUUCUGCGGCGACCGAGUCAUCCCAUUGGUUGGUCUCUCGACUCGGCGACGUCGCUACUGCCAAAUUUCAAUCAAGCAUCAGUGAUUCAGAGGGAAUUCUACGCGAGGCCACAAAAGCUGCAGAGACAGAUUUGGCCGCCCGGACAGAAUGAGCAACAGCAGAGACAGCAAUCCCCUACGAGAAGAUCUCAAGAGAGAAACGUCGUUACCAAGACUAUCACAAGUCUAGUGAACAAACCGUCGAAUCAGAGUGUGCAGAGGAUAAAGGAUGUGGACUCUAACUCUGAGUAUUCAAAAUCGCGGAAUGAUCAGCAAUUUGAGAACAAUCAAGUUAAUGCUGGAGAUCACUGUUACUCGUCAUCACUUCUCUAUGACAAUGAGCUCGCAAAAGAACAACAAUACCGAAGCGCAAACAAAGGUAGUUUCGUAAGCAUACUGUCAAGAAUACACGAGAAUAUUAGUACGAAUCAGCAACAGACGUCGCAAGAGACGCGAAACGGUUCCUCAUCGCUACCAUCUUCCCCGGGACCGGAUAAGAAAGUCAACACUGACGUCAGGUUUCCGGUACCGCCGCAGGGCCUACAGAUCGUCUCGAGACGCGCCAAACAGUUUGAGUCCGGUCGUUUGCUGAGCGACGAGGACGAACCCACGGGCGAUCGAACGAAUCUCUAUAAGAGUGAGUUAUCCAGAUUGUCGAACAAGAGAAGUGUACCGAAUGUGGCUGUGCGAAAACGAGAGUUCGAAUCUAAAGCCGAAAAUCAGGACUCGAGAAGGCUCCCGACCAGGGAAACAAAGUCUCUUGACACUGGUGCAGUAUUGACAGGCAACAGAAUAAUUCCUAUAGGCAGCAAACAUAUCCAUUGCAAGCCACCAACGGACUAUAAAGAGAGUAAAGAUGUGCCUACUAUGGAGACAGAAUCAGUGCGUUUGAGAGCACGCAGCAACAGCGCGGAGUCUUGGGAAGCUUCGAAUGGUCCAACGAUACGAAGCAACGCCAGGCAUACGUGGCAGACCGCCGAGGAGAAAGGUAGCAUCGAGGACAACAGUAAAGUCUACCGCAACCAGGACAAUUACUUGCAGUCGGCCAAACUGCAAAUCGCGCCAGUCAAUGGUUCUUCGCCCAACGGCUCGACCAAUAAUGCCGCGGUACUUAGGCGACAGAAGAAUGCACAGAUCAGUGACGAGGAUCGUGCUACCAGACGGGUGUCAUAUCUGAAAGCGACGUGGGGCGAACGAAUGCAUGUCGAUAGUGAUUUGGAGCUCAGCGAUUCUGAACCCGUUCACAUUCACAGAAGUGCGCAUAGACGAUGGCGACCGCCGUUAUUUCCGAGCGACAUAACGCCCCUGCGACGCAUCUUUGAGGAUAUGACGCAGGCCGCGUCCUUACAUCGAAACUCUCAUCAUCGUAAUAGCAUUACUGUGGCGCAUAGUACCUCAAACAGCUGCGACGAAACUGUAAAGGAUGUUGAACCAGUGGAACGAGAGGGAACACUUCAUGUUAAAUUCACAGUGCUCGAUGGCAAACGAUCUACUGAUCGUUCCUGGAAGCAAGUUUGGGGUGUUCUUCGUGGUCCUAUAAUAUAUUUCUAUAAGGAUCGUCAUAGUCAGAGUCCUUCGUUGAGCACCGACAGCGAAACAAAUGCGGGACAAAGUGUCGACGUUAGAUGUUCUGUAGUUGACGUCGCUGAAGACUAUACGAAACGGAAACACGUGUUGCGAGUGGCAAAUCCUACGGCAGAGGUGCUUUUACAAACCGAGGAUGCAGCAUCCAUGGCCCUUUGGUUAAGAUCACUUCAUUCUCACGCUGCUGCAGAAAAAUCAUCGGACGCUGUAUCUUGCACGUCGAAGCAGCAAGCCGUUCCGCAAACUCCCACUCCCACAACUCCGAAUAGCGGCAUUCCUCCGAGUAACAUCCAAAGAUUGAGUCCUCUGCCGAGCCACAAAGGCAUCAAGAAACUAACAUCAUUUAGGAAUCGAUCGCCGACGGGUCAAUCGCCGGUGAAUAAGACGCGCAAGCCAAGUAAUCAGAUAGUGGAACCUUUACCAUCGCCUAAGUCGAAAACUUGGAAGGGAAGAAUGGCGAAACAAUUCAGGAGAAUGCACGGUCAAGCUGGUGGCGCGCCAUCCUCACCUACGGCGCAAUUACCACCAGAAGGGGCCACCUUCAAAGUACCUCUCGAACUCUGUCCGCCAUCCUCGUUCUCCGAGUACGUGCCGCUAAUUGUCGAGAUGUGCACGAGCAUUGUCGAGGCGAGAGGACUUGAGGUUGUGGGCAUCUACAGAGUGCCAGGAAAUACUGCUGCGAUUGCUCAACUUACGGACAGUGUCAACAGAGGUUUCGAGAACAUUAAUCUUCAGGAUCCGAGGUGGAGCGACGUUAAUGUAAUAUCGUCUUUACUGAAGUCAUUUUUCCGACAACUUCCCGAUUCCUUGCUCACAGCAGAAUUGUAUCCCAUGUUCAUCGAUGCCGAUAAGAUAGAAGAUCCACAGAGGAGAAUGACCACGAUACGAAAAUUAUUACGAGAUCUUCCAGAACCUCACUUUGAGACGCUGAAAUUUUUAAUGCAGCAUUUAAAGAAGAUAGUAGAGCAUAGCGAGAUCAACAAAAUGGAAGCGAAGAAUUUGGCCAUUGUUUUCGGACCAACAUUAGUGCGAGCGAGUGGUUCAAGAGACAAUAUGGUUACUAUGGUCACCGAUAUGUCGCAUCAAUGUAGAAUAGUCGAGAGUCUACUGAAUAAUGUCGAUUGGUUCUUUUUGGAGGAUGAUCUGGACGAUUUAAGCAGAUUGAGCGUAAAUUUAAGUCUUCCAACCGAUAAUUGUGAAGUUGAACCAGUAUCCAAUCAUAGUCUUCUAUUAAACAACAUUCAGAAAAUCGAAGGCAUGCGCGAUAUGGCAUCCGCUAGAGACAUCGUAUCUUCAAUUAUAUCCGCAGCUAAUAAAAAGAUACAAAGAAGACGAAAGAAUCAGGAUGAAAUCGACAACAGUGAACAUGAUAAGACCAAGUCGAAGCAAGAAUCGGAAAAUUUGCCGACGAUUCGACAGAGUAUGGCCUUAAAUGAGCGACAGUGUUCCGUCAGCGAAAUCGUGCAGAUGCACGAAAGCAAGAAUCAAUCGAAUCAUUCUACGGAUCGUUCUCUGUCGGUUGACGCGAACAGUGAUUUGUCACACAAAACGUCUUCAUUGAAUCGUGCCAAAUACGCGAUUCAAUCCGCACCUCCGUCUGUAGAUUCUACGAGAUUGUCGAUUGAUACUGGUCUAAGUUCAGCAGAAACGAGCUCCACCGUGUCCAGCAACGCGUCUAACCAGACGAAGCAAAGUAAUGACGAAGUAACGAUUUUAACGUACGCCGGUUUAAGCGCGACCACUCAGGAGAGAGUACGACGAUUCGAGGAGGAAACGAAAGCGAUGCUGCAGAGAGAUCAGCAUCGACAGAAGCUCGAAGCUGAGAAAAGGGAGGAAGAGAAACGAAGAAUUGAGAUAGAGUGGCAAUUGGCGAAACGAGAGAUGGAAAAUGACGAUCUGCUCGAUAAUAUAGUCGACACUACGGUGUCGCCAAGUCUGUUAUCGGAACGUCUCUCCGGUCUAAACGAAAGGCUUGCCGAUAAAUCAUUAAUAGAUCUGCCCGAAAAAUAUGGCAGGUCACGAUCUAUAACGAGACCACCGCUAUCUAUAGCCGUGCAACAACAUCCCACGAUACAUAAAAAAACCCAAGCUAGCAAUCAACUAACUAGCAUAUUAGGGGAAAAGAUGAACAACGGCGUCAUUAAGAAAUUUAAGACAGAUAAAGAUCCAUCGUUGGAGCCGUCGAUUUGUUUACCACCAGUUCGAUACGGAAGUUUGGACUCUUUGCACGAAGUUCAUAAUUUUUCGCAGUCCUCCCCAUCACCGUCGCAGCAGCAGCGAAGCGUUCCCGGCGAUGGCUCGGAUGAUGCAGGAUCUUGUUUUCUGCAGUGGACACAGAAGAUACUCACUAUUAACAAAAAGCUUUCUAGGCAUACAGCAAGCCCGGGUUUUUGGUGGUACAUAUCGUCCCACCUGUACGGUACCACAGGUCCCGGUAGCGCCGCCCCGAAGACACCGAUCCAGUCGCCAAUGUCAAUGCCAGUGCCGGUCGCAGCGGUUCCAAUGCCAAUGCCCAUGCCCGUGCCAGUACCAUCAGCAGGAGCAACAACAACAACAACAGCAGCCGCAGCAGCAGCAGCAUCAUCGCUGGCAACUGUUGUCGCGUCUGCAGCAGCUACCGCAUCAUCGGCGACCAACGAGCCCACCACCGCCAAGACUCUAAACCGAUUCCUCCGAGGUAGCGACCUUCUAACGAGCCUCACGACUACAUUCGAUCGCAAGUGGAGGUCCCUCGUCAAUCAGUCAUCUAAUCAAACACAGCUUCCUUCAGAAUCCACAGCCUGCAACAAGGACGACAUUACGGAGUAUCCGAUACAGAAGUCGAGCGCGUCCUUAAGAUUCAAAUAUCCGUCUACCGAAACUUAUCGUGACCCGAGUCUUCAUAAAUCGCUCGACAAGAGUCACCUCUCCCGCUUAAAGGAUGACGCUCCUGAAAAGGACACCGACUCAACGGUAACCGAUGACAUGCCGCAUCCUUUGGAAUCUGUCACACCGAACAACGAUCGCGGCGCGAACGACAAGCAGAGACUGGAAACGAAGUCUGCGACAAAUCAUACGAUGGAAAACGAGGAUCAAAAAGAUGUGGACGAAGGGGACGAUCGUCUGCGUGUGGGAAACUCGAAACGAUACGAAUUGGCGAACGAAAAGAAUCUUCAGGAAAGUAAAUCGGAGAACAACGACGUUAGUGCAAAAGUGGAGGACAACAGCAGGAGUCAUCAUUACGAGACUGGAGAUUCCAGUUACUCCAACAAACUGAAAAAAUUUGAAAGCUUGACGAAUUGUCAGGCGAGGUCUCGCUUAAAACGGUCGGAGUCUCUGAAUAAGAGGACAUGCGAGAACACCACAUCACGAUUAAAAAGAUCGGAAAGUUUAAAUAAACACUCAACCGAGAGACUAUCACCGCUCAAACGAUCUGAAAGCUUAAACAAACACUCCGAUAGAUCGGAGUCGCCGGGCAGUAAAUUAAAACGCUCGGAAUCGCUGACGAAGACUGAGAAGACCGAAUGCAACAUCAGCAAACGGCGACAAUCGGUGCGAAAAGAGAGCGCCACGAAAUUAAAGCGGAAGAACGGGAUGUCGGAAAGAUCGAUCAAACGAAGGCACACUGUCGGUAGUACCAAGGAUUUUGACAAGGUACAUUGGCUCGAUAAUAAAUUGCAAUCGGAAGCCGAGAGAGUCAUUAGAAGCGACUACAGACCGAAGAAGAGUCAGCUCAGAACCAGUUCUCCUGAUCUCAGCACCAAUCGAGUUGGCAUGGCUGAUACGAGCUUUCUGAUCGAGGUGAGCUUUCGUGGACCCAGUAACGUCGUCUUCAACGUAACCAACGCCGCCCGACCGCAGUCAUUGCCGGACGCGAGUCUUGCGUCCAAGGUUUUCAAGGUGCCCCUUGAGAGUCACGUAUAAUACACUUGAAUAAGUCACUCGAUAUAUUUCUGUAUUCACCUUUAAAUAAUACGUGCACACGGUGCUGUUGUCAUAUCUAUAUCUACCUGCCAUCAUUUUUAAUAUACUUCUACCGAUUUAUAUUAUAUAUAAACGGAAUUAUAUCAGAUUUUUAUAUACUCCAUAAUAAUUACAUCACAUCUUUGUUUGCCGGAAACGCUGACAUUCAUUAAUCGCCAGUGUGCCAAAAAUCUAUGAAUCAUUUCUCGUUAAUCGAAUGAUAAUAUCGAAGAUUCAUUAUAACGGUUAGAUGGAUUAGAUAAAGGAGAAAAUGAGGAGAUCUAUCUCCACAUUCUCUGCACUACAAUAUUUUAAUCUUUAAUUGAGUUUAAUGUUUAACAUUCGAAAUGUUUAACGAUCGAAAAUCAUUCUGGUUUAUCGAGCCAGAAACUAUUAGAUUCUUUCUCUGUAAAGAAAAACACAUUCUACUGAUCUGCGGAUAGCAAAAAUGGAGCUAAUCUGCAUUGAG